AUGGCAGAGACUCUGCAGAAGAUGCUUGUCGAGCUUCAGAUUGAGGAGAAGCUGCUCACAAUCACAGCUGAUAAUGCGUCGAAUAAUGAAACGCUGGUGUCUGAGCUGUAUUUUAACCUGUUGGAAAAGUACAACUCGGAGGAUUCCAACUUACCCGACAAAGGACGUCUCCGAUUUCAAGGUAUUGACAGCUACAUCCGGUGUCUUGCACAUGUCCUCAAUCUCAUUGUCCGCGACAUCCUCUCGAGGAUGAAAUCUGGAGAUCACAAGUCUGCCAUUGAAGCCUGUGAUCUCUUGCAGGGAAAUUAG